AUGGCACCUUUUGAGGCGUUGUACGGACGAAAAUGUAGAACUCCAGUGUGUUGGCUAGAAGCGGGUGAGAAACAGUUUGCUGGUCCCGAGAUUGUUCAGGAAACGGCCGAAAAGGUAUCCUCUUGGAAAGGCAUUAUCCAUUUUGGAAAGCGUGGGAAGCUCAGCCCCCGUUAUCUCGGACCAUUUAAAGUUUUGGCUCGAGUAGGACUCCAAGCUUACAGAUUAGAAUUGCCACCUGAGAUGGCCGGGAUCCACAACACCUUUCAUGUGUGUUACCUACGUAAGUGUUUGGCCGAAGAAGAAAGUGUAAUACCACUUACGGAGAUUCGUGUGGACGAGGACAACAGAUGUGUCGAAGAACCGGAAGCCAUCCUGGAAAGAAAGACCAAAGUACUAAGGCACAAAGAGGUUGUUUUGGUUAAAGUUCAAUGGAAGCAUCAUCGAGGGUCUAACGUAACAUGGGAAGCGGAGGAAGACUUGAUUAGGCGUUACCCCCACCUUUUCUCUCGAUCUUAA